AUGAACAGGAAGUUGUUCGUUCUCGUCUGCGUCCUGUUGUCGUUGUUCGCGUUCGUGGAUGCGAGGCGAGGACGCGCCAGAAGACGCGCGCGCGCGGCGCGCGGACUCGACGCCGUCGGCGGCGGGGCAUCGCGCGAGCGCCUGCGGCGAACUCGACGUCCGUCCCGUCCGUUCGUUCGUCCGUCCGUCAUGCGCGCGCCGCCGCCGCCGCCGCCGCCUCGUCAUCAUCUGGACGCCGUCGAUCUCGUGCGCGACGCGCGCGACGCGUUCACCGACCUCGCGCCGGACCUCCCCGGCGCGGUGCUGUACCUCGACCGCGGCGCGGGCGAGGCCGCGCGCCACGGCUGCGGCCUCGGGCACCUCCUGAGCCUCGGCGCGGUGAACGUUCUGCGGCUGCCGCGCGCGACGCGCGACGACGACGAUGCGUUCGACGACGACGACGACGCGUUCAUCGACGCGCACGACGCGUUCGCCCACCCCGCGCCGACCGACAUCGCGGGGCUCCCGAUCGACCCGCGCGCGCCCGUCGUGAUCGUCACGACGACGCUCCUCCAGCGCGCGAAGAGGGACAUCGCGCGCGUCCUCCGAGCGCGUCACCCGGAGGCGACGCGAGCGACGGUGUACUGCGCGGUGAGCGAGGAGUGUCACUGCGCCGUCGCGCGCGCGCUGGCGAUGGCGCGGCGAGAUCGAGACGCGGCGGCGCGCGCGGACGAAGCGUACGAGCGCGUCGUGAGGGACCUGCGAGACGCGGUGAACGCGCCGUGGGGGCGGGGGGGCGGAGGCGGCGGCGCGGCGGGAGGCGCGCCCGCGCCGGCGACGCCGACGCCGAAGAAUUCCGAUGAGAACGGCCCUGACGCCGACAACGAUUGGGGCGACGACGAUUGGGGCGACGACGACUGGGGCGACGCCGACGCCUCCGACGCGAAGAAGGCGACCGUCGCCGCUCUUGCGAACGUCCCCGCGAACGUCCCGAACGUCCCGAACGUCCCGAACGUCCCGAACGUCCCGAACGUCACGAAACCGCGCGUCAACAUCCCGUUGGACGCGAGGUACCUCCCGCUGUGCUUCGUCCCAAUCGGCGCGCGCGCGUUUUCGUCCCCCGUCGGCGGCGCGGUCGCGUCCGCCGCGGUCGCGUCGAUCGACGUGCGCCCGGGGUAUCGGUCCACCGUCGCGCGGACGCUGCCGCCGGCGGACGACGGCACGGAGGAGGACGGCGUGGACGCGCCCGCGCCGCCGGGGAUCGUCGUCCUCGCGAACCACCUCGCCGCGAUCGGCGGGCGGCUUCGACGGAAGAUCGAGUGUUUCGGCGUCGGGCGGACGUCGCGAGCGGUGGCCAGAGCGACGGCGGCGGCGGCCGCGCCGCUCGCGUUCGGGCCGAUCGACACCGGCGGGAGGACCGCCGCGAUCGUCGUCGUAGACCGGACGUGCGACUUGUUGUCGCUCGCGACGGGGGGCGCGUCGAGCGACGACGGGUUUUUUAGCGCGGCGAAGACGGCGGCGGCGGGCGCGGACGACGACGACGACGACGCCGACGAGACGCUGCCGCCCGCGGACGUCCGCGUCGCGCGCGAUGGACGCGACGACGACGUCCUCGCGGCGACGACGUCGCACCCGCACGACGCGCGCGUUUUGGAGUGGACGAACGACGCGCUGGGGUCGAGCGUCUCGUCCGCGGCGGCGUCCGCGGCGGCGUGGCUGCGAGAGUGCCUCGCCGAGGAGCGCAACGUCGAGGACGCGCUCCCGCCGGCGACGCAGAAGUAUCCCGGUCCCGGUCCCGGCGCCGGCGGCGGGGAUCGAACCGCCGCCGCCGCCGACGACGUCGACGCGCUCGUCGACGCGUUGUCGUCGCGGGGCGCGCGCGUCGCGACGCGGCACCGCGGCGCGAUCGACAUCGCGCGCGUCGCGUCCGCGGCGGCGCGCGCGUCCGCGGUACGCGCGGACCGGUCCGAACGCGUCCGAGGGUUCUGCCGCGACGCCGCGAGAGAGGGCGCGGCGGCCGCGGCGUCGGGUGCGGGCUCCGGCGCCGCAUCGGCGGCGGUGGCGAAGCGGUUGACGCGUUUUUUAUCGAACGCCGUCAACGAAUCGAACGACGCCGCGCUGCUGAGCGCGUCCGACGGCGCGAGGGCGGCGUUGGCGGGGUACGUCGUCGCCGCGGAGGCGGCGGCGACGGAGCGUCGUCUUCUCGCGCGGCUCCGCGCGGCGUCGGGGCCCGGGGGAUUUCAACGGGGAUCGACCGACCGCGACUACGACCACGACCGCGACCGCGAAGGCGGCGACGACUCGGACUCGGACGCGACGCGCGCGACGGCGAGCGGCGCGGGCGCGAGCGCGUCCCCGUUCGCGCGCGAGGACGAGCGCGCCGUUCGAGACGCGCUCGCGACCUUCGCGUCGCGCGCGCGGACGGCAGACGCCGCGGACGCGGCGUGGCUGGGAGAGGACGUCGUCCUCCGGCUCGCGCGCGCGCGCGAAUCGGAAUCGGAAUCGGAAUCGGAAUCGCGCGCGGACCUCCCGAGCGGCGAUGGCGGCGGCGAGCGCGGCGACGCCGCCGCCGGGUGGGACGCGGCGGCGGACGACGACGACGACGGAUGGGGCGACGACGACGACUGGGGCGACGACGACGCGUGGGGCGACGGCGGCGGCGGCGGCGACCCAGACCCGAAAAAAAACACGCCGCCGACGCCGACGACGACGAGCGCUUCCGCCGUCGACGCCGCCGCCGCGCUGCGCCGCGACGUCCGCGAUCGCGUGGACGCCUUCGCCUCCGCGGUCGCGCGCCUCGCGUCGACGCGCUUUAGGAUGCGCUCCGCGGGAAGCCUCCUCCCCCCCGCGGCGAGCUCCGACGCGCACGUGCCGCUCCUCCGCGAUCUCGCGUCGCGCGUCGCGCGCGGCGCCGACGGCGACCAGAGCGGAGGAGCGGGCGGGGGGGGAUCCAUCUCCGGGGACGUCCACCAUGCGGUCUCGAGCCUCGGCGGGCUUCUGAAGACGGGGCUCGGGCGGUUCGGGUUGGGCGGGGUUUCCAAGCCGAAGCCGUCGGAUCACGCGUUGGUGAUCUUCUUCGUGAUCGGGGGGUGGGUUCUAUCUCACACUGGUCCCCAUACGACCGCAUUGGCGUGGUGA